AUGGCGGCUGCAGUACCACAGCUGCGUAAAGAUCCUGAGGCACCUCUAAUUGCGCCGCGGCUAAAAGAGCACCAGUUGAACGUCGAUUACCCUACCGUCCCAUUCCUUUCCCGUGACGACCCCGCUGACGUCAUCUCGACCCCGUCCGACGUCGUCUCCUCACCUCCUGACGUCAUCCUAUCGCUUCCCAACGACGAAGAACCUGUCGCUUUUUUGUCGCAGGUUCUGCCGGGCAACGACCUCCCGUCGCACGAGGACGCCUCUCAAGGCGAUAUCGCCGCGUCGCCGAGCGACGAUCAAGUGGCGUCCGCGCUGCCGUCGCUCCAGCCGGAGGCCUUCCCCGCCCUCCUUCCGCACUGCGCUGCGCCGGUACCCCCACAUUUUCCGCCGCCCCCCGCUCCACCUUGCUCCCCGCAUUCGUCGGGCGCGCAGCACGCGGAGCCCACCGUUCCUCCGCAGACUCCUCCGCGCGCUGGACCUGCCUCCCCCUCCCCGCAAGCUUCCCCUUCUCCUUACGUUCCGCGCGGCUCUCUCCCGCUCUCCCCAAACGUCCCCGUACCGUUGAGAGGUACCGUGGGGGUGAAGGGCGUGGAGUGUGUAAGGGGGAUGGAGGGGAGAGAAGGAGAGCCUGUGAUUGGUCGAUGCACGAUGGCAGGAGUGGGGAAGGUUACAGAGAGGGAGGAGAAGGAGGAGAGGGAGGCCGGGACGAAAGACAGGGGAGAAGAGAGGAGAGAGGACGGGAGGGAGAGAGGCGCCGCUGCUGUUAUGAGAGGUGGAGAGGGAGGGGGGGAGGCGUACGAGUCAGCAGGGUGGUGUGCCACGUCAUCAACGUCAUCCGUGCUUGUGGGUGGAGACGAAGAGGAGUAUGAAAGGGAGGAGUGUGAGGGUCGCGCAGAAGCAGAGGAGACGCGAGAGAGGGACUGCAACGGCCAGGUGGAGGGGGAGAGUGAGGACAGAGGAAAGAGGAGGGGCAGAGGGAUGGGGGAGAGGAGAGGGGGCAGAGCAGGGGGGGCCGGCGCAGCAGAUGUAGGGAUCAAGCAAGAAGGAGAUGGUGUGGCUUCACAAGUGCAGGAGGGUGCAGUAGCAGCAGCGCAAGCAGGCCUUGUGAUGGGGUCGCAUGGUGUGGCAGCACAAGGGCAGGAGGGCGUGGGCGCAGAGGCAGCAGUGCAAGCAGGUGGAAUGGCGGGGACUGAUGGUUUGGCUUCACAAGCGCAGGAGGGCGAGGGCGCAGUGACAGCAGUGCAAGCAGGCGGAGUGACUGGGACUGAUGGUGUGGCGGCGUCAACUGGGGCGUGGGUGCCGCCUGUUUCUCCCUUUGGCCUCAUCCAGGAGCGUCUGUAUCGUGACCCGUGGAAACUGCUGGUUGCCUGCAUGCUGCUAAACAAGACGGCUGGCAGGCAGCUCCAUAAAGUGAUUUGGGACCUCUUCCGCCUCAUCCCCUCUUCACAGGCAGCCAUAGCAGCACCGACGGCUGAGAUUGCCCUCACUCCCCUUCUCCGCCCCCCACCCCCCGCAGCUUCAUGGAUGAUAUGGGACCUAUUCCGCCUCAUCCCCUCCCCAGAGGCAGCCAUAGCAGCACCGACGGCUGAGAUCGCGCGCACCAUCCAGUCCCUGGGGCUGCACAACAAGCGCGCCGCCAUGAUCCAACGGUUCUCAGAGGAGUUCCUGAGGGGCGGUUGGACGGACGUGAGGCAGCUGCACGGCAUUGGGAAGUAUGCAACGGACGCACAUGCGAUAUUCUGUGAGGGCAGUUGGUGGGAGGAGAGGCCAACGACCACAUGCCCUAACAUCCCUCCCCUUCUGCCCCACCUCCUUCUCCCCUUCAUCAUGGCAGUUAUGCAGCGGACGCCCAUGCCAUAUUCUGUGAGGGCGGGUGGAGGGAGGUGCUUCCUAACAAUCACAAGUCCUGUGCCUGUCUGUGCUCUCACGUCCCUCCCCCUCCAUUCUUCACCACGGCAGGUGGAGGGAGGUGCUGCCUAA